AUGGACCGGCAGAAGAAAAGGGAGCUUCGCGAUCUUAACGAGAGAGCCUGGGCUGGUGAAACAGAUGUCUUCCCCGUCAGCAAGUCCCUCGACUCGGCCCUGAAGAAGAAUACCGCUUUCAUUAAACGUCUUCGCACUGGAGUCAGCGCCUCUGCACAGUCCACCUUCCUAUCCGACAUCCGCACCCUCUCGCUCCACAAGUAUCUGUCCGAGAUCAUCUCCGCCUGCUACGAAGGCCUAUGCAAACUCAAGUCGCCCGGUGAAAUCGCCGUCGGCGUCGAGAUUGUCAGUGCGCUACAUCAGCGGUUCGGUCCUGCGGAGUUUACUAGGCAGAUCGGUUGGCUGCUCGGCCGCGGUCUGAGCUCCCCGGAUAAAGCAGCGCUUAAGAAUUUGACAGGUGAGCUGCGCGAGCGCGAGGAGAAGGAACGGUUGUCACGACACCGGGUUUUACUGCGCAUUGUUACGGAGCUAUGGCUUGUCAGUGCUCUCAGGACGCUGGACGAUGUGGAGCGGCCUGAGGAUCUUGGCGCGAAAGCCAAAGAGACUGUUUCUGGAAUCGCUGUCAAGUUGCCAGAUGCCCCGCUCAAGAGGCCCGUUGCUGCUGCGAAGGAUCAAGAUAAGCAGGCCGAGCCGUUCCCGCUGGAGGUCUUGAAAGAGCUACUAGGGCACGACCGUGACCAUGCCAAUUUGCCGCUUGCGGUGCUUUUCGUUAAGAGCUUCAGUUGGGAUAUCCUUGGUGCAAAACUUGCAGAGGAUGGUAGGAAGACCGUGGAAGCUGAUGGUGUUACGACUACGACCGCCGGUACCGAACAGGAGAAUACAGAAGGCGCCACAGACGCCGCCGAGACGGAUCCGCCAUUGACACCAGAAAAAACCCAGCAGCGUUUUAAGAAUAUUCUGAACCGGUACUUGGAUGAUGUCAAGGCGCAUGUGGUUCGUGACCAGAAAGCGCUGGCAAGCCAGAGCCGUCGGAAUGCCGAAGCGUACGUCAAGAGUGGUGAAAUCUUCGAAGAUCGCCAGGCGAAUUUCGAAAAGCAGACCAAAUCCCUGGAGAAACUCGUGGCCAAUACCCAGGUGCUCUGUGAGGCCCUGGGGGCCGAGAUGCCCGAUUUAGUGGAAAAAGAAACCGCAGACGCAUCUUCAAGUGGAGGAAUCGGCCUCGUGAAAACCACGGAUUACCUUCGUGGACAGGGCGAUGGUGCUGGUACCUGGGAAGAUGAGGAAGAGCGACGUUUUUACGAAAACCUUGUUGAUCUAAAAGGAAAGGUUCCUGCGGUUCUGCUCGAAGAUGGCAAGAAAAAGAAAGGCGAGACGGAAGAGUCCACAAAGAAGAAGACUGAUGGCGAUACUUCGACCGAUACGGAGAAGCCGGAGACAUCGGAGGAGAAAGCUGCCGCAGACGCGGAUGAUCAGUCAACUGCAAUUGCUAGCAAGACUGUUGGCGCUCAGGUCGAUGCUUUAUUGGGCAAACUUCCAGAACUGCAAACCAAAGAUCAAGUGGACCAGUUUGCGUUGGACUUUUGUUUCGUCAACUCGAAGGCAUCUCGCAAUAGGCUUGUCAAGGCCGUCUCGGAUAUUCCCAAGGGACGUAUUGAUCUCUUGCCGCUGUAUUCGCGUUUGGUAGCCACUUUGGGACAGUAUCUGCCAGAUAUCCCCCAGGGACUGACGACCUACCUCGAUGAAGAAUUUCGGAGUCUUCAGCGGCGUAAAGCCAAGGAGUUCCUGGGCCAAGUGCGAAUGGGCAAUGUACGCUACCUAGCAGAACUGACCAAAUUUGGCGUGGUGCCCGAGCACAUCAUCUUCCACUGUUUCAAGGUCUCCCUCGACGAUUUCUCGCGCAUGAACAUUGAGAUUAUUGGUAAUCUCCUGGAGAACUGCGGUCGUUAUCUCUUGCGCAACCCGGAGACUGCUCCGAGAAUGGCCUCCUUCUUGGAGACCCUGAGUCGAAAGAAGGCUGUCCAGCACUUGGCCCAAAAUGAGCGCAUGGUGAUUGAGAAUGCUAUCUACUAUGUCGACCCCCCACCCAGACCCGCCAUUCAGCAAAAAGAGCGGACUCCGAUGGAGCAGUAUAUCCGCCGGCUGAUCUACCUGGACAUGAAUAAGCGCAACUAUACCAAGGUCCUAAAAACCGUUCGCAAACUCCAUUGGGAGGAGCAGGAGGUUAUCGAAAUCCUGGAACAUGUCUUCAGCAAACCGGUCAAAGUGAAGUACGGCAGCAUUCACCUCCUGGCAAUCCUGGUCAGCGCCCUCUACCGUUAUCACCAGGACUUUGUGAUCGGCAUUGUCGACAAUGUCCUGGAGCAAGUCACCCUGGGCCUCGAGCAGAACGACUUCAAAUUCAACCAGAAACGUAUUGCCGAAGUCAAAUACCUUGGCGAGCUUUACAACUACAAGAUGAUUGAUUCCCCUGUCGUCUUUGAUACGCUGUACCGCAUCAUCACUUUCGGCCACGAAGGUGGGACCCCUGUCGCCGGAAGGAUCAGCCUAUUGGAUCUUCCAGAUGACUUUUUCCGUGUUCGCCUGGCCUGCACUCUGCUCGAUACAUGUGGCCACUGCUUCGAUCGUGGUUCGGCGAAGAAGAAGCUGGAUUUCUUCCUCACAUUCUUCCAGUACUACCUCUUCACCAAGGACCCGAUGCCCAUGGACGUGGAUUUCCUGGUCCAGGAUACUUUCUCCACCCUUCGACCCGCAUGGAAGUUAGCCACUGAGCCCGAAGAGGCAACCCGCCUAUUCAGUGAGGCCGUUGCGGAAAAUUACAACAUGCCUGACUCCGAGCGACCCGUCGAGCCCGACGAAGAAGACGCGGAGAGCAGCUCCUCCGACGAAGGCCUGGAAGACGACGCAAUACCCGAAAUUGAAGAGGAAGGCGAAUCUAGCGACGAAGCCGAGGCAUCCGGUCCCAACCAGGACGCAGAGGACGAGAGCGACUUCGAGGACGAGCAGAUCAUCGUCACGCGCCAGGAAGAGGAGCGAGACCCUGCAGCCGAGGCCGAGUUCGAUCGCGAAUUCGAGAAGAUGAUGGCUGAGAGCGUGGACUCGAGACGCUUUGAGCGCAAGGCUGUCUUUGAUAUUCCUCUGCCCAUGAAGCGUCCUCCUCGCGAGGCUACAUCCGCCGAGUCCGCCGAGUCCACCGAGCCUUCGUCUGAGGCGCCAACGCCUGUGCCGGAACCUGUGGCACCGAAGACUAUGGCGUUCUCUUUGAUGACGAAGAAGGGGAACAAGCAACAGACUCGCACCAUCGACCUGCCCUCCAAUUCAACGUUUGCUGUUGCUAUGCGCAGCCAGCAGGCGGCUGACCGGGAAGAGCAGCAGCGCAUCAAGAACUUGGUUCUAAAUUACGAAGCUUCGAAUGAGCCCGAGCCUGCUGAGACCUUCGAGAAGCGCAUCCCCGCCAACCAGCGAGUGGACAAGGCCGCUACCAACCGUUCUGCCUUCCGGUCCCGCAAGCUUCAACUCAGCGAUGUGAACUGGUAA